CAACUAUAGAUUGCAUUUGAUCCCCUUCAUGUAACAGAUACAUGAAUUGUAUUGAAUUUAAUUCUCUGAUUUAAUAUAUCUUAUUUCGCAUUCGAAUUUUCUCUUGAUGUUCCUUGGUUUGUAGUAAAAUUGUGUUAUUUACCAUCUAAGCAGUGAAUUAUACGUAUAAAUUUGAAAAAUAUGAAAACCCUGAUUUUACUGAUUUUGAACAUUUUCGUGGCUUUGGCUGCAGCUGCUAAAAAAGAGAAUGCGUGGCCAGUGGACAAAAAAUGUGACGUUGAUGGUCCUGGCACCAUCGUAACGUUUGAAGUGCUUCCUUGGCUCCGAAAAACUCUUGACGAAAUGGACGAACUGACAACGCGACUGUUGGACGGCCUCAGCAACGGCAUUGCUCAGUUGGAGCCGCAAGUCGAUCGCUCUCCAAUGUAUCAUUUGGAUCGUGAGAAAUACUUCGGCAACAUCAAAGCGAAUCUAAAUGCCUAUUACACCGAGGUUUAUGAAGCCGUCGUCACGUCAUGGGUCAAUUUGACCCGGGUUCACGAACGAUUUGAUGAUCGGUUUGGUCGUCUCAAGAACCCUUACUCGUGUGUUUUUGCUAUCAAAUCCGUAGGAGGCUACCACCCUUUCCAGUAUGCAUUCGCAGACCUUCAUCACAUGGCUUUAAAAGUAGAAGAGUCGUACUACAGAGCUGCUGGUACUCUCCGCAGUAUACUGAAGGAGUUGUCAGUCACCACCACAGCUAUGGUGUCUACCAGUUUGGUUGUGCUCUCUGAGACACUUCAUCUCCAGACCUUGGGUAAGGAGGACCACGAUCGCUUGCUACUGAAUAACAUUGAACGGGUCGCUCCUAAUUUCCUGGGUAAACUCAUGACGAAGUUAGUUAAAUCCGGCAAUGAUCCUGACAGUGUUCCUCGGAUAAAUUCAGAAGUGCUGGCAGAACUGGAACCGGUGCACCAAGCGCUCCAGUACCAGCUCCGAGAGCUUCACGAACAUUGUUUUGUCUGUAGUCUCAUGCCUGAAAUGUAUCGAACAUUGUGGCGGAGUCAGACAAACGCAAGUCUUCAAAGAACAAAAAGAAGACCAAAAUUUUCAUCCGACUUCUCCAACAUCUACGAAAACGAAGAGUUCUUAAGUGAGGUUGUUUUGUCACUCAUGAUGUCGUUCAAGAACGAACCUCUGGAAGUGAAUCCCGAUGAGUUGGAACCAACAGCCAAGUCACGGGGCGACUGAAUCUGAAAUAAAUGGUCAUUGAAUCGAUUUCUUUUAUCAUGAGUCAAUUUCGAAUCAAGUGAACGGAGCUCCAAAUGAUAUGAUACAAAUUUAAUUGAAAAAUAUAAGUUUUUCGUA